AGUUGUAUAGCAGAUUAGCAGUAUAGGUGAUUGGCGCGAAAAAGAAAUUUUCAGAAAGCCAAAAUAAACAAAGGGAGCUCAAAUUAGGGUUUCUCUCCUCACAAUUGAUUUCCCCCUUUGCAAAUUUCCACCCUCCAAUUAUACUUCUUGUCGCCAAUUAGGUCUUGGGGAUAAGAAAUCGUAUUCAAAAUGCCGGAAUUAAGCUGGAAGCACCACACUCUAAUUCAGUCUCUACUCUCUCGCGGCCCUCUUAAGGCCGAUGAGUUCAACAAAAUGUACGAGAAAGUUACCGGAAGGAAACCAGGUGUUAAUGACAAAUUGUUUAAUGAUUAUUUAUUGAAGAUAAACAAAGAGCUUUCCUUUGUUCAAUUUGAGUUGCGAGCGUGUACAAAUCAGUAUGAUGGCAAAGUUUAUUAUGGCGUCGUCAACAAUGUCGCUGACGAACAAUCCAAGCUUGGCUCUAAGUACUCAGUUCCUCAAAUUGCCUUUUAUAAGGGAAUUAUAGAAGCAAUUGCACAAGAUGCUGCAGGCCAGGGUUGCAUCACUAAUAUUGAUGCCCUCCAUAUAAAAUUGGACAGUCAGAUCCCUAGUGGUUCACAAUCACAGUCAGAAUCACAGUUCCAGGAUGUGCCUGCUGCACUGAGGAAUUUCUCAAUGUCUCAAAAAGAAAAGGCUCUUGAGGAGUUUGUUCAGGAUGGAUGGCUCACCAAGCUAGAUGGUAAUAUUGGACUUGGAAUUCGAUCAUUCCUUGAUCUCAAAAGUUGGUUCCACCUUAAUGAGGUCCCUUCAUGUGAGGUUUGCAAUGAGGCUGGGGUGAAGGCGGAUUUGUGCCCAAAUGAAGGUUGUUCCAUCCGAAUUCACAAGUAUUGUCUCGUUAAGAAGUUUUCUCAAAGAACGGUCGAAAAGGUUUGUCCUGGUUGUCAAAAACCUUGGCCAUAUACAGUUACCAAAGCAGAACUGAAAGCAGAACUGGUAGAGAGUGAGGAUGAGGAUGAGCAAAACGAGGCAACAGAGGGGCAACCUUCAAAUGGAAGUCAGAGAAAAAGGAGAAGGAACUCCCAGUUUCAGACUCAGACUCAGACUCAGGAUUCCGCAAAUGGUGUAUCCUCUAAGACAACUAGAUUGAGGAGAUCUUCCCGCAUUGGCUAACAUUAUCAAUAUUAACUUUUAGGAGCUUUUGGAGAUUUGAUUAAUGCAUAGUUUAGUGUUGUAAAUAGUUGUCUGCAACUCCCGAAGACAUUGUCAUUGUCAGAAUCAAAAUCGUGCUGCAAGGUAGAAAACAUAGCCAAAGAUUGGAUUUCGGGUAUCACUGAGAUCAGUAGCUUCUUCUUGGAAUGAGUUUCUAGGAUUUUUACCUCAUGUAGCAAAAGGAAUUUUAAUGCUUAUGUAAUUAUUUAGUGAUCUACUUCUCCUUCUAUACACUUGAACUUAUUGUGAGUAUUCCAUCGAAGUAAGAGUUAUGGUCAAUUUGUUUCCUAAUA